AUCACGUGAUCAUUUUCCACUCCGAAUGACCGAAGCAGGAUCAAUGUUACCCGAUUUCGCAAUGGUUUCUUCUGAAGAAGAGUGUAUUGCGUUGGCAAGCUCGUAUAAAGAAACGAGUGAAGGUUCACCAUCAUGCCUACCCGACUGGGACGGUGAGAUAUGCUGGCCCUUAACAACGGCUAGUCAAGAGGUCGAAAUGGAUUGUCCAGAUAAACCAUGGAUAGAUGCGUCAAAAUCAUUUUACAGGGCGUGUAGCUCCAACGGGACGUGGGCGGGGCCUGGACAGUACUCGGAUUGUUUUCUCGACAGUCUCGUCACCAACCCGACGUUGUACCUUGCCAACAUCUCAGACGCACAGCUACGGUUUUUUGAGCGGAUGGUCGCUAGUAGUCGCAUCCUGGCUAUCGUGGGGAACUCAAUCUCAUGGAUCAGUCUCCUCGUCGCUCUCUGCAUAUUCCUUCACUUUAGGAGCCUCAACUGUAAUCGGACCAAGAUUCACAAACAUCUCUUUGUCUCCCUGCUCAUACGUCUCACGAUCGAAGUCAUCUUUGCUAUCGAUCGCCACUACAGUAUCGAACCCGGUCACAGAUUCAAUACCAACACGCUACGAUUUCAGCCCAUAUUGUGUGAAAUAUUCGAAGUAUUGCGUGAAUACGGACGGUUUUGUGCCUUUGCUUGGAUGUUUAUAGAAGGAAUGUAUCUCAAUUCGCUAAUCUCCAUUGCUGUCUUCGGCAAACCCAAGUUCCUUCUUUAUUAUCUCAUCGGCUGGGUAUUUCCUAUUCCCUUUGUAAGUGCUUGGGCUAUUGCAAUGGAAAUGACGAAUGGUAGUCGGUGCUGGUAUCCGCAUGUCAAUUCAUUAUUCUUUAAAGGUCUCAUUGAAAUUCCAAGAAAUAUUCUUCUUGCCAUCAAUGCCAUCUUUCUCAUAAACAUUGUUCGGGUUUUGGUCACCAAAUUACGAGAGAGUAAUUCAGGAGAAGUUCAACAAGUAAGAAAAGCUGUAAAGGCUGCCAUUGUUUUACUGCCCCUACUGGGGAUAGUCAACCUCUUAUGGGUCCUCCCCGAAGCUACGGCCAAGGAUAGCAGGGCAAUCAUCGUCAUCUGUCUCUUCAUCUUUAGAUUCUUCGCCGAGUUUCAGGGAUUUUUCGUCGCUUUACUUUACUGCUUCUUAAAUCAAGAGGUUCGGGUGGUUUUGAGAAGGAAAUGGUCGACGUGGAGGAAUUACCGUGAUCCGACAACGAGACGGACGUCGAUGCUUACCUCAACGUCAGAUAUUCAUUCGACAAGAGGAACGAAACCGCGGAUGGGUGGCGGAGGGUUCGAAUACAUUACAGUCACGGUCUGAGAUGAAGACUAUCUAUACAGAGGCCGUAUAACGUACGAAGAACGAUACGACACAAAACGAAUGCAUUUCCAAACUUGAGAGCUACAAAGCGGCGUCAUCAGGGAUUUGUCCAUCUGGUGUCUUACAUGAAGCCAAUAAAAGAGAAAAAAAAAAAACUUCUAAAACAGGAGGAAACUUGGGUGCAACGUUUCGUUUGAUUAUCACAAUGCUAUGUUCAAACCUCAUUUCAAAAUAUCGACUGCAAGGCGUUGUUGAAAACGGCAUGUUAUAUUUUAAAAUUGAGAAGAAACUGAGUACAUCAU